CUAAAGGCGAUCGUAUAUUUUAACCCAUAUAGACCUGGUUUAAAACACAGGCUCACUGUCAAAUUGAAAUUCUGGUCCAUUUCCGAGUCCAACACAAAACUCCAGAAUUUGAUGGAAAUGUUGAAUGAAAUCCAGAGUAUGGGUUCACAACAUAUGAAGAAUACACUCGAAGAUAAUAAUCAAGUUGACCUAGCUGUUGAGUUUUAA